GAUGGCGCUUCGCGUAUCGAUUGUUCUGCAGUUCGGGCCGCCUUGAAGUGGAGGAAGACGACAGCGGGCUUUUUAUGGCUUCGAAUGAAAUCUAGCCGCGUAGAAAUUGGCGGUACACCGAGCAGACUGAGCCAGCAGUGAGGGCGGCUGACGCUAGGGGUGCUAGCUUGUCAUUUCCCCCAGGUCACAGCCGGCCUCUUCCCCGAGUGACGUAGUCCUCCCUCAGCCGCCCGACCUAUGCGACGCUGCUGCUGAGCCGCCGCCGCGAUGCUCAUCAAGGAAUUUCGCGUCGUUCUUCCCAUUACCGUGGAAGAGUACCAGGUGGCCCAGCUGUACUCGGUGGCUGAGGCGAGCAAGAACGAGACGGGCGGCGGUGAGGGCAUCGAGGUGAUCAAGAAUGAGCCGUUCGAGGGCAAGGAGCUGCUGGGCGGCAAGUACAACAAGGGCCAGUACACCUACAAGAUCUACCACCUGGAGAGCAAGGUGCCGCCGUUCAUCCGCAUGCUGAUGCCCAAGGGCUCGCUGGCCGUGCACGAAGAGGCCUGGAACGCCUACCCCUACUGCCGCACCGUGCUCACCAACCCGGACUACAUGGCCGGCAACUUCACCCUCUGCAUCGAGACCAUGCACGCGCCCGACAACGGAAACCAGGAGAACGUUCAUGAGCUGCCACCGGAGAAACUCAAAAUUCGAGAGGUGGAUGUCAUCGACAUUGCCAGUGACCCAGUGUUGCCAAAGGAUGGACGCAGGCGGCAUGCUGGUUGCGGCGCAGGAGAGGACUACAAGGAGGAUGAGGACCCGUCGACCUUUGUGUCCAAGAAGACCGGGAGGGGUCCACUGAAGGGUGACUGGAUGAAGACCUGCAAGCCAGUGAUGUGCGCGUACAAGCUCGUUACAGUCGAGUUCAAGUGGUUUGGCCUGCAGAACCGUGUCGAGGCCUUCAUUCAAAAAACGGAGCGAAGGAUCUUUCUCAACUUCCACCGGCAGGUGUUCUGUUGGAUGGACAGGUGGCAUGGUAUGACCAUGGCUGACAUCCGCAAGCUGGAAGAGCAGACCAAAAAGGAAUUGGAUGAGCAACGCAAGAAAGGCACAGUUCGAGGCACCAAGGGUGAAGAGUGAAAAGCCGCUGCUGGUUCAUCAUUUUGAGUCACUGUUGUUGUUGUUGUUUGCGCGUUGAGGACCUCUAGCGAAGACAGAUGAGACUAAGCGAGCAAAAUGAGAUAAAAAAAAAAAUUGGGUGCCCGCAGUGGCUUGCCAGGACGCCCCGGGCCCCCUCAGCCAGACACAUUCCUUUGCCGUCGUCGAUGGGCCUGCUGUCGUCUACUCCAAUAAAAAGCGAGAGA